GGAGCAGAGGAGGUGGCUCCUGCCUUGGUGAGGGCUCUGAGGGUCCUUGCCUGAGGAGGCAGAGGAUCUGGGUGUGGGGCGGUGCUCUGGAAUGCAGCCCCCUUCACUGCUGCUGCUGCUGCUGUGUCACUCAGUCGUCAAGACCAGAGUGCUUCGGUGUGGGGACUUCCCAGAACCCUGUGCCAACGGAGGCACCUGCCUGAGCCUAUCUCGGGGACAAGGGAGCUGCCAGUGUGCCCCUGGCUUCCUGGGUGAGACAUGCCAGUUUCCUGACCCCUGCCAGGAUGGCCAGCUCUGCCAGAAUGGGGGCAGCUGCCAAGCUCUGCUUCUCACCCUCCCAGGCUCCCCCAGCCUUCCCUCUCCCUUGGCCCCCAGCUUCUCCUGCACCUGCCCCUCUGGCUUCACUGGCCAGAGGUGCCAGGCCCCUGGAGAGGAAGGCUCCUCUGAUCUACCAGGAGGGAGGGGACUGGACAGGGCAGUGAAGACCACACGGGGAGGAAAGAGGACUGUCAAUGACAACUUGCCAGGCCUUGUGCUUCAAGCAGCGGCCCACGUGUCCAGUGCCAGCUCUGCCACCGAUGAGACGCGCGCCCUUGCAUCAGGUGAGCAGUGCCAGCUUCGGGACUUCUGCUCAGCCAAUCCCUGCGUCAUUGGAGGGGUGUGUCUGGCCACAUACCCCCAGAUCCAGUGCCGCUGCCCACCUGGCUUCGAGGGUCAUGCCUGCGAACAUGAUAUCAAUGAGUGUUUCCUGGACCCAGGGCCCUGCCCCAAAGGCACUUCCUGCCAUAACACCUUGGGAUCUUUCUGGUGUCACUGCCCCACUGGGCAGGAGGGUCCACGCUGUGAGCUCCAGCCAGGACCCUGCCCCCCUACGGGCUGUCCCAAUGGGGGCACCUGUCACCUGGUUCCAGGGAGAGACUCCACCCUCCACCUCUGCCUCUGCCCCCAAGGUUUCAGAGGCCCGAGCUGUGAGGUGAAUCCAGAUGACUGUGCUGGGCACCAGUGUCAGAACGGGGGCACUUGCCUGGAUGGGCUGAGCACCUACACGUGCCUCUGCCCAGAAGCCUGGACAGGCUGGGAUUGCUCCGAAGAUGUGGAUGAAUGUGAGGCUCAGGGUCCCCCUCGCUGCCUAAAUGGGGGUACCUGCCAGAACUCAGCUGGCAGCUUCCAUUGUGUGUGUGUGAGCGGCUGGGGAGGCACAGGCUGUGAAGAGAACCUAGACGACUGUGUUGCUGCCACCUGUGCCCCGGGAUCCACCUGCAUCGAUCGUGUGGGCUCCUUCUCCUGCCUUUGCCCACCUGGCCGCACAGGACUCCUGUGCCACAUGGAGGACAUGUGCCUGAGCCAGCCAUGCCACGGGGAAGCCCAGUGCAGCACCAGUCCCCUGACAGGCUCUCCACUCUGCCUGUGUCAGCCUGGCUACUCGGGGCCCACCUGCCACCAGGACCUGGACGAGUGUCAGAUGGCCCAGCAAGGCCCCAGUCCCUGUGAACACGGCGGCUCUUGCCUCAACACCCCUGGCUCCUUUGACUGCCUCUGUCCCCCUGGCUACACGGGCUCCCGCUGCGAGGCUGAUCACAAUGAGUGCCUGUCCCAGCCCUGCCAUCUAGGCAGCACCUGCCUGGACCUGCUUGCCACCUUCCACUGCCUCUGCCCACCAGGCUUAGAAGGGCAGCUCUGUGAGGUGGAGACAGACGAGUGUGCCUCUGCUCCUUGCCUGAACCAGGCUGACUGCCAGGACCUCCUCAACGGCUUCCUGUGUGUCUGCCUGCCUGGAUUCACUGGCUCCCGGUGUCAGGAGGACAUCGAUGAGUGUGGAAGCUCUCCCUGUGCCAAUGGUGGGCAGUGCCAGGACCAGCCUGGAUCAUUCCACUGCGAGUGCCUUCCAGGCUUUGAAGGCCCUCGCUGUCAGGCCGAGGUGGAUGAGUGUCUGAGUGGCCCAUGCCCCACUGGAGCAAGCUGCCUGGAUCUCCCAGGAGCCUUCUUUUGCCUCUGCCCCUCUGGCUUCACAGGUCAUCUCUGUGAGGUUCCCCUGUGUGCCCCCAACCUGUGCCAGCCCAAGCCAAAGUGCCAAGAUCAAGAAGACAAGGCCCACUGCCUCUGCCCUGAUGGAAGCCCUGGCUGUGCCCCCAUUGAGGACAACUGCACCUGCCACCACGGACACUGCCAGAGAUCCUCAUGUGUGUGUGAUGUGGGAUGGACAGGACCAGAAUGUGAAGCAGAGCUAGGGGGCUGCAUCUCCACGCCCUGUGUGCAUGGGGGGACCUGCCACCCCCAGCCCUCGGGCUACAACUGUGCCUGCCCCACAGGCUACACAGGCCCCACCUGCAGGGAGGAGCUAGCGGCUUGUCACUCAGGGCCCUGUCUCAACGGUGGCUCCUGUAGCCCCAGCCCUGGGGGCUAUUCCUGCACCUGUCCUCGGAGCCACACUGGGCCCCGCUGCCAGACAAGCACUGACCACUGUGCCUCUGGCACAGAAGUUUCUUCCCUGUGCCAGAAUGGAGGUCUCUGCAUCGACAGUGGCUCCUCCUAUUUCUGCCACUGCCCCCCUGGAUUCCAAGGCAGCGUAUGUCAGGACAGGGUGAACCCAUGUGACUCCAGGCCCUGCCAACAUGGGGCCACGUGCAUGGCCCAGCCCACUGGGUAUCUCUGCCAGCUGCUGUUGGCUUCCCUACACACCCCUUAUACUGGCUCUCCAGUGUCCUUCCCCACCCACUUCUACUGGACGGUGCUCAAGAGGUUACAAUGGAACUGCUCAAAGAAAUCCAACGCUUGUCAAUCCCAGCCCUGUCACAACCAUGGGACCUGCACCCCCAAACCUGGAGGCUUCUACUGCACCUGCCCUCCAGGUUUUGUGGGGCUGCGCUGUGAAGGGGACGUAGAUGAGUGUCUGGACCAGCCCUGCCACCCCCCAGGCACUGCAGCCUGCCACUCUCUGGCCAAUGCCUUCUACUGCCAAUGUCUGCCUGGAUACACGGGCCAGUGGUGUGAAGUGGAGACAGACCCUUGCCAGAGCCAGCCCUGCUCCAACGGAGGGUCUUGUGAGACAACAGCAGGACCACCCCUGGGUUUCACCUGCCACUGCCUCCAGGGUUUUGAGGGCCCCACCUGCAACCACAGAGCCCCCUCCUGUGGCCACCACCACUGCCACCACGGUGGCCUGUGUCUGUCUUCCCCCAAGCCUGGCUUCCCACCCCGCUGUCCCUGCCUCAAUGGCUACGGGGGCCCUGACUGCCUGACCCCACCUGCUCCUCAUGGCUGUGGCCCUCCUUCUCCAUGCCUACACAAUGGCAGUUGCUCAGAGAUCCCUGGGCUGGGGUCCCCAGCCUUCCAAUGCUCCUGCCCUCCCAGCUCUCCAGGGCCCCGGUGUCAGAGGCCUGGAGCAAAGGGAUGUGAGGGAAGAGGUGGAGAUGGGGCCUGUGAUGCUGGCUGCAGUGGCCCUGGAGGAAAUUGGGAUGGGGGAGACUGCUCCCUGGGGGUCCUGGACCCCUGGAAGGGCUGCCCUUCCCACUCCCGGUGUUGGCUUCUCUUCCGGGAUGGGCAGUGCCACCCACAGUGUGACUCUGCAGAGUGUCUGUUUGAUGGCUACGACUGUGAGACUCCUCCAGCCUGCACGUGAGCCUAAAACCCUGACUUCAGGUUGGGGGUGGGGAGGCCUCUAAGUUACAGUGUGACCACAGCCUCAGGCUCCAGGCAGUUUCCACCCUUGAUAACCAUUGCCAAGUAGGGGUGGAAGACACUAGGCUCCAGCCCAGGGGAAUA